AUUUUUUAAUUUUAGACAGGAUUUCACUAAGUUGCUCAAGCUGGGCUCAAAGCUUGCGCUCUUCCUUGCCUCGGCCAUUCAGAGUGCUGGAAUUACGGUCAUUGAUACCCAAACCCUGCCGCCAGCUCGGUCCCUCAGCCCUCUUCUGUGGGCGGAUCCACCGCUGGCUCCGCCCCCGCUCAGGUAUCUGCCUCUGGUAGGUGCCCCAGAGUCUUGGGGAUCUGGGCUCGGCGGUCCUGAGGGCCCCUCCUCCCUACACGGUCGCUGGCUAGCAGCAAUGAAGGGUGACCAGGAGGACUCCCCUGGAUCCGAAGAGCCUGCGGGCUUGAGCCGGAGCCCCGAGGUGGGGCCUCCUGAGGAGUCCGAGGACUGUGCCCGGUCCCCGGACGCGGCCCCCAAGAAACUUUGUGGGUAUUUAAGUAAGUUUGGCGGUAAAGGGCCCAUCCGGGGCUGGAAAACCCGCUGGUUCUUCUACGACGAAAGGAAAUGCCACCUGUAUUAUUCGCGGACGGCACAGGAUGCUAAUCCCUUGGACAGUAUUGACCUCUCCGGUGCGAUCUUUGACUGCAAGGCGGACGCUGAGGAGGGGACUUUUGAAAUCAAGACCCCUAGCCGGGUUAUCACCUUGAAGGCCACCACCAAGCAAGUGAUGCUGUACUGGCUGCAGCAGCUGCAGAUGAAGCGCUGGGAGUUCCACAGCGGCCAAACUGCACCUCCCGCUGCCCCUGAUGCUGCCCCAGCUGGGAAUGGGCCUGCCCUGCACCUUGACCUAGAGCAAGAGGAGGCUGAGCUGAAGGAGUUCCUGUGCCCUGUAAAAACGCCCACUGGGCUUGUUGGUGCUGCAGCUGCCCUGCAGCCUGUCCCUGCCAUGCCCUUGGGCCUUCAGAACAUCUCCAUCAAGCACUUGGGAACUGAAAUCCAAAACACUAUGCACACCAUCCGUGGCAGUAAGCACACCCAAGGAACCAGCCUUGGACUUCUCAUGGAAGAGUCUCCGCUGAGUGGGGAGCAGCCCUCGACCCCUGACUCCAGCGCCCCAGGGAGCGAAGCAGCAGAUUCUCCAAAGCCUGCACCCAAGUUCUCUCUGCCUGCCAGUCUCCCGCAGAAGAACAAGCGCCAGAGCAACACUUUCCCAUUCUUUUCCGAAGGGCUGGUGCGUAACCGGACAGCUCAAGAGAAGGUGGUGGCCUUGGAGCAGCAGGUGUUGUUGCUCACCGAAGAGUUAAAGUCACAGAAGGAGCUGGUGCAGAUCCUGCACAAGGCGCUGGAGGCUGCACAGCAGGAGAAGAGGGUGUCCAGUGCAUACCUGGCUGCAGCUGAGGACAAGGACCGGCUUGAGCUGGUGCGGCACCAAGUGCGGCAGAUCUCAGAGCUGGGCCGGAGAGUGGAGGCCCUGGAGAAGGAGCGAGAAAGUUUAGCACACUCAGUCAGCCUUCGAGAGCAAGAGGUACAGGAGCUGCAGGAACACGUGCAGCUGCUCAUGGACAAGAACCAAGCCAAGCAGCAGGUGAUCUGCAAGCUCUCUGAGAAGGUCACCCAAGACUUCACACAGCACCCCGGUGAGCACCACGUGCCUCCCACCCCUGCUGACAGGGACCUCCUAAGCCAGCAGGAGAUAUUGGAGCACCUGAAGGAUGACAUGGAAGCAUACCGGACCCAGAACCACUUCCUCAACUCUGAGAUCCACCAGGUCACUAAAAUCUGGAGGAAGGUGGCUGAGAAGGAGAAGGCCCUACUGAUGAAGUGCGCCUACCUCCAAGCCAGGAACUGCCAGGUAGAAAGCAAGUACUUGGCCGGGCUGCGGAGGCUGCAGGAGGCCAAGGCCGAUGAGUGCUCUGAGCUGCUGAGGCAGUUCAUCCAGGAGGCGCUGCAGUGGGAAGCGGGCACGGCCUCGGCGGACAGUGUGCAGCUGAGCCCUGUCAGUGAGUAUGAUGAGUAUGGCUUCCUGACAGUACCUGACUACGAGAUGGAAGACCUGAAGCUGCUGGCCAAGAUUCAAGUGCUGGAGGUGCGCUCCCACCACCUGCUAGAGCUCGAGGCUGUGGAGCGGCCGCUGCGGCAGCGCUGGGCUGCCCUAAGCGAACUGGCACCCUCAGCUGAGCUGAAGCAGCUGCUGCGGGCCGGCGUGCCCCAUGAACACCGGCCACGUGUCUGGAGGUGGCUGGUCCACUGCCGCAUCCAGCACCUGCACACCCCAGGCUGCUACCAGGAGCUGCUGAACCAGGGUAGGGCCUGUGAGCAUCCUGCUGCCCGCCAGAUUGAGCUGGACCUGAACCGGACUUUCCCCAACAACAAGUACUUUACCUGUCCCACCUCCAUCUUCCCUGAAAAGCUGCGCCGGGUGCUUCUGGCCUUCUCCUGGCACAACCCUACCAUUGGCUACUGCCAGGGCCUGAACAGGCUGGCAGCCAUCGCCCUGCUCGUCCUGAAGGAGGAGGAAAGCGCCUUCUGGUGCUUGGUGGCCAUCGUGGAGAGCAUCAUGCCAGCAGAGUACUACAGCAAGACCCUUAUAGCAUCCCAGGUGGACCAGAGGGUACUCCAGGACCUCCUCUCGGAAAAGCUGCCCCGGCUGAUGGCCCACCUGGGGCAGCACCAUGUGAACCUCUCCCUAAUCACUUUCAACUGGUUCCUCGUGGUCUUUGCAGACAGUCUCAUCAGUGACAUUCUCCUGCGGGUCUGGGAUGCAUUCCUGUAUGAGGGAGCAAAGGUGGUUUUCCGCUAUGCCCUGGCCAUUUUCAAGUACAAUGAGGAACCAAUCCUGCAGCUGCAAGACAGCCUGGAGAUCUAUCAGUACCUGCGCUUCUUCACCAAGACCAUUUGUGACAGUCGGAAGCUGAUGAACAUCGCCUUCAACGACAUGAACCCCUUUCCCAUGAAACAGCUGCAGCAGCUGCGGGCGGCCCACCGGGAGCGGCUGGAGGCUGAGCUGCGGGAACUGGAGUUGCUAAAGGCCGAAUACCUGGAGAAGCAGGCAUCCCGGGGCAACACAAGGCCUGAAGGUGGUGCCAGUGAGGAUGAAGGGGAGGGUGAUGCCUGACCUGGCUGCUCCCCUCCCCAAGGGUCCCUCACCCUUGGAGGUUGGCAUGGACCACAUCUCCAUGUGGCCUGGAUGCGUCUCCUCUCCCUGGGCCUCGGUCUCCCCAGCAGGACAUUGCAGUGGAGACCUUGGUUGGGUUACCUCUCAAAGGGCACUGAGUAAGGGAUGCCACCCUGCCUCCCUCCCCACAGAGCACUGGAGUGUUUUCUAACUUACAUCCGUAUAAAGCAGUGUCAGUGCUAGAAAUCGCUCACCAGCUUUGGGACUUAAAUGGUCCUCAGUUAUCAGCAGUUCCUGGGAGGAGCUGGUGCCAGGGUGUGCCACCACAGGGGCCUUCCUGCUCGGGCCUCUGGCUCCCAUUCUAGGUAUGUGCAGGGCCAGUCUCCUCCUGGCUUCCCUGGAGAUGGGUCCCAGGAGUUCAGGGUCACAGCUCCCUUCCAGGCUGACUAAGUCUGUGUCCAGACUGCGCCUGUGUACCAGGGCAUCUCCUUCCUUGUGCUCACAGCCCAUCUUGGGGAGCUCCCACAGAAAACCCCUCCCUGCCACUGCAAGGAACAUAAAGUGGUGGUCAGACAAGGAGCCCCAGGUCAGGUGCCCCACUUCUGACCCGGCACUGGCCGGAGCAAGCAGGGUCAGCUCCCUUCUGCAAAUCAGGCAGCCGGGAGGGGGCACUGGAAGCGGCUAGCGCUGCAGCCCAAGACAGGGCUGAGCUCAGGGCUUUGCGACCGGCCCCUCAUCCCCACCGCAGGCAGGGCUGCACUUCUCAGUAAACAUCAGGGGCAGUCUGAGCCAGGCUCUCUUGGGCGUGAUGCAUGGGGUGGGGACUCCCAUGGAACCCCCCUCAACACUGCCCUCCAUCCUCCCGGCCUUGAUCUGAGACUCCUGGCAGUGGGUAGGGGAACGCCCAUCACCAGGGACCAGGCACAGACCCUUUGGCAGCCUCUCCUGUCACCCAGUGGGCAUGGACUUGAGAGGUGGUGCCCCCGUACUGCACAGCCGAGAGGAUGCUUGGAGUUCCUUUCCCUCCCACACCUCCACGCAGACCUGGAGCCAAGGCUUCCCUGUGAAUGCCCUGAACCCACCUCUACUUUGUGCUAAACUUCUGCGCCUGCCCCGGCCUUUUCAUGGCCAGUUUCCACGAAGUUUCAUGGUGGAAGGAGAGUGGUUGCACCCAGUGAGUUAGAGACGAGCCCUGAGGUCAGCCAGCCUCAUGGGGCACACGGGACAGUGAAAGGAGUUGAUGCUAUCCCAGAACAGGGUGACAAGCAUCCAACAGCAGUGAGCUGCUUCCUAGGUAGGCCCAGGCCGUCCCUCUGACUCCAGCCUGAAAUUCACAUCCCUCUCUAGCAAAAGCAAAAACCUUGAGCCAGAUGCAGUGGUGCACACGUGUAAUCCUGGUUACUUGACAGGCUGAGGCAGAAGAAGCUCAAGUUCAAGGUCAGCCUGGGCAGUACGGAGAGACACUCUCACAAAGCAGCUCAGGACUGCUGGAUUAAGGCACCCUUCUCGGCGUCCUCCCCAGCCCCUCCCACCUCUUUCCUCUCCUUCCUGCCUGUCCUCCAUCCUUCCCUCUUU